UUUCGUACGCGGAGCUUGUGCCGCUCGCCCGUCUGAACCGCGCUUAACGUGCUUUCGCGUCGCUAUCCAUAACACGACCGCCACAUUUGCCGCUGUCGAAUUUUGGAAAUUUCGUUUUUUUUUGUCGUAUCGGUGGAUCUUCAGUGUUUGUUAGUGAGUGGGUUUUGAGAAUUCCAGUUUAUAUAGUGUUGGAUAGUUUGACGAAAGUUUGUUUGGGUCUUUUGAGUGUUUGGAUACGAUUUAAACUUUUUGCUUAUUAGGUAGGAUACCGUUCUACUCAAUACCACAAUCAAUACUAUUGUGCCGGGCAACAACCCUCUCGAUUGACAUGUGACAGACAGAAAGACGGUCGAACGUCGUUGCCAGUGAUGUUACACGCCCGCCGCGCCAUCUAGCCGCUCAGGGACGUAGCCCCGCAUCCCCCUGCGACCGUAACCAUGGCGUUUGGCACCCCGUCAGGACAUUCGCUGUCGCUCUGGACGUUAAUACUUGUUUUGGGGGCAGUUCGAGCUAACCAAGAACUACCACUUCCAGAAGACCCACCACCACCAGAAAAGAUCAUACCAUCCACACCAAAACCCACUCCGCCAGAACAAGAUGAACACCUCCUCCUAAACACCGAUCUCCCGAUAUUCCUCGAAGAACCCCAACACUCCUUCGUAGUGAAAAACAGGGCAGCAACCCUCCAUUGCAAAGCGGCGCAUUCCCUUAGGGUUUACUUCAAAUGCAAUGGAGCCAGGAAGGUCGAAGCCAAAGAUUUCGAGUUCGUGGACCCUCAGAAUGGGGUGAGGAUCAUGGAAGCCGAGAUUAACGUGACCAGGGAUAUGGUGGAGGAGUUUUUCGGGCAGGAGAAGUUCAAGUGUGAGUGUUAUGCUUGGAAUGGGAAGGGGACGAUCAAGAGUCAGUCUGCCACCGUGGAAGUUGCAUACCUAAAAAAACAGUUCGAGUCCAACCCGGACCCAGUGAUCAAAGUGGAAAUAGGGCAGCACACCGAACUGAAAUGCGUACCGCCCCAGGGUAUGCCGCCCCCCAGGGUGUACUGGCUCAGAGGGGGGCAAGUACUGCAGCCAGAUAGUUCGGUCCUGGUUACUACCGAUGGGCAUUUGCUGAUUGGUCAGGCCCGGACUCAGGAUACAGGGAAUUAUACUUGCGUAGCGGAGAAUAUAGCGGCAAAACGGAUGGCUCCCACGUCGCAGUUGAUAGUUUUUGUUAAUGGAGGUUGGUCAGCUUGGUCACAGUGGACAGACUGCAGGUGUCCAGGAGACAUACUGGGAGCAGGUAAAAUGAGUACUAGAACUUGCAACAACCCUCCACCCAGCAAUGGAGGCCAGCCCUGCCAUGGAUCCAACGUGAAGAAGAGCAAGGAUUGUGUGACCUGUCCACAAGUUGAACCGCCAAGGUGGUCAGCUUGGUCGGAAUGGUCAGAUUGCAACGAAGACUGUCUAAAGACGAGAAAGCGACAGUGUAUACCAGGAACCGGCUCGUCCAGAAAAAGCUGCAAUGGAAAGGAUGUCCAGACGAAUCCGUGUUCUUCAGAUUUGUGCAGAUCAAUGGAGUUGACUAGAGUCAGAGAAGCCAACAUUCAAAACACUCAAAAUGACAUAUUGCUAUACAUCGGUCUCACCGUUGCCAUAUUUAUGGUCUGCCUGCUGUCCUUUUUCGUUAUACGACUGUACAGGAAGAAGGGACAGCACCAGAGUUUGUACAACAUGGCCGCCAGUGACUACCAUCCAGAAUUUUUUCCCGAACAGGACAAGAAGUCGCUGAGCUUGCAGCCGGACCUGACGCAAACGGUGGCCGCCUGCUACGAGUACCCGUACACCACCCCGGCCACCUCCGUCACCCGCUCCGUCUCGGAACACCACUAUGACGUGCCGCAUCUGGCCUCCGCGUCCGACAUACAGAUGUCGCCGGCGACCAGCUCCACGCUCGAGUCAUCUAGCGGCAAGCGCAGUCAGAUGAGUGGCUGUACCAACAAUUCUGAUUCCACAUACGACGUAGCCACCGAGCAAGUCACCCUGCCCCUCUCCGCACUACCAGCAGCUUAUGCAGUAACCCCCACCACCAGCGGAAACUACACCAGCGCCACAGUCACCCACACCGGAGCCUUCCUGAACCUUUCUGAAUCAGGCGUCAACCUCCUGGUUCCCGAAGGUUCCGUAUCCAGAAGCAGAAAGCAGGAAAUCUUCCUGUCAAUCCUCAACGAAGACUGUUUCAGGCCUAAACUAGCUGAACACCUGACUCAACUUAGCCCCGUAGUUUCCUGCGGACCUAACGUAUCUUUGAACAAAGCAGUUGUCUUAAAAGUACCUCAUUGUGCUGAACUUUCGAGAAAUAACUGGUCCAUUUCGGUUCUUCAAAGCGAUUGCAGCGAUUCACAGUGGCAAAACGCUGUAACUUUGGGACAAGAAACUAUAAACACUAACGUUUUCUGUCAGCUUGACAACGACUCAGCCUAUCUAGUUACAGAAUGCUUAUCCAGGUUUGUUAUAGUGGGUAGGUCGACCAACGGGAAUGCUACCAAAAGACUGAAACUGGCAGUGUUCGCACCCAAACUCUGUUUCCAAACGACCGUAGACUACUGCGUCAGAGUCUACAUCUUGGAGGACACCGAAAGCUCCAUGGAGACAGUAUUCGGCCAAGAAAAACGCCUUGGAGGUUACCUACUCGUCGAACCGCGUUCAAUAACCUUCCAAGAUGGCGGCAACGCUUUGUGCUUAAACCUAGACUCAGUCAGCGAGGGUUGGCAAGCUAAACCCGGCUCUAGCUACCAGGAAAUCCCGUUUGCUCACGUCUGGCAAGCGAACAGCAACAGCUUGCACUGUAGCUUCACGCUGGAAUCGUACGAGGUGAGUCGGAACUUGAACUUCAAGCUCAGGGUUAACCAGAAAGGGUUCGAUUACCAGCAGACUUUUGAUAUAACCUGCAGAGAUGAUGCUUCGGAUUUAAAAACGUCCUCUUCUGCGAAAUACAGCAACGAAUUAGUGCCAAAAAUCUCGAUUCAUAGUGAAACCAGUCGCUCAAACGAUUCGAAAAAAUCGUCGGACUACAAAAGUGCCAAAACCCUUACGUUUGACGAUGGUGGAACUAAAAUAGCCAAAAACCUCAUUGUUACUGACCGAGGUGUGUCUACAUGUGACGAUUUUACUUUUAGAUUAAGCAAACAAAUUAGAAAGCAACUUUGCCAUUGUCUGGAUACUCCAACUCAACGUGGCAAUGACUGGAGAAUGCUGGCCAACGCUCUGAACGUUGACAGGUACAUCAACUUUUUCGCUACAAAACCGUCUCCUACGGACUGUAUUCUGGAUCUGUGGGAAUCUAGAAACAGGACCAGUAACGCCUUAACGGAACUAACACAGAUAUUCACCGAAAUGGAACGGUAUGACGCUGUAAAUAUUCUAGAAAAUUGUUUGGGACCCAACUGGUUGUAAAUCCACACCUUGUUUUUAUUUGUACAUGAACUGUAGGGUAGAUCCAGAGUUUGAGUGGUGUAAAUAUGAUGUAAUAUAAGCAGGAGUAUGUCGAUCUAGCAGUGCUGUAUGUGGAUGUCAGUACUUCGUUUUCCCAGUCCCAGAUCCUCAGUUAGUUCGAUUAGUGUCACCAUGGUGCAACCAGUACACCUUUAUCCAGUUUAUUUUCGACCUUAUGUCGACUAUACUUAAGGUUAAAAAUAAAUAGCAUAGACAGUCAGUAACCUAAUCAGGGCUAUUCUAUAAACCACAAACUAACUUAUAGAUCAUGCCAAAUAAACUUUUAGCCGCGUGGUUAAGCUUAACCGGCACAGCGUUGCCCAUUGUUACAAAUUUUUUUUUUUAAUUAAAAUAUUUUAAGAAACAAAAAUAAACUAAUUAUAAAUAUAUGUAUAAACAGUUAUUAUUUACAUUAACAAAAGUCACCUCCUUAUCAGCACUUUCCCGUUCAAAAUAUUCUAAUAAGGUUGCGAUGAGUUUUUUGCAAUGGCUAUUAAACUAUUUUGUACGCUUCGGACUAAAAGAGGUUCUAAAAAGAACAAUGUUCGACUGAAAGGUCUGCUAGUAAAAAAUUUUAAGCUUAAAGUAUCCCAACACGAUUCAUUUAAAGCAAAAACUCGUAAUACAAAACUAAAAUGUCAAAACGAAUGACAUAAUGUCAGGAAAUAAAUAAAUAAAUGUGGCAAAUUGACAUUUUUUAAAGCAGAGCUACCACCUGAAUCCCCAGCGGGAAAUUUAAAUUCCAGUUAAUCAGCCCGGCGCCGAAUAUGUCCAUAGUUUGCAAUAAUGAAUUUAAAAAUCACUCCCUCGAUUACAUAACUAAAAGUUUAAUUUGUUAUCGCUUAUAUAUCUAUAAAUUAGUCUGUGUAUCAGUAUAAACCUAAUGCUUGAAAUUUAAUAGUAUUUCUUGUCCUGGACAUGUAAAAUAUGACUCAAAAUCUGGAAACCUUUGUAUAUGGCUAAUUUGGCAAACAUUUAUCCUACUGUUUUCUUGUUAUAUUGAUUAGUGAUUAUGUGAUAAGAAAAAUAAGCCAAAUGUAUUCAAGUGGCCAGUCUGAUGCAAAUUUUUGAAUAUUAUUUGGUGUUCUUCUAUGAAAAUAUUUCGACUAUACCCAAGCUUGCCAGAUUAUCCAUAAAUUAAAAAAGUAUGUACUUUUACCCUAUUUAUGUAAAAAGGACCAUUGGUAAUCUCAUUUCUUAAAAACAAAAUUAUUGUAGUUAUUUAAAAAUAUUGGUUGUUAAUAAAAAAAUG